CUUUCAAUGUAAUGUAUCACUUUUUCGUGUACGUAGAAGAGGAAUUUUAAAAAUCCAAUUAUUUCUCUCGAACGUUGGCAACCAGGCAAGUGUCAGCUGACAGCCCCGCAGUGCAAAAUCUCAUCAUAUUCCGGGUUUUCCACGAUUUCCCAAUAUCGAGCUUAAUUUCAGCUUCAUCUCUGAAUUAUAUUUCUCACUUUUACUCCUACCUAAGCUGUAUUUUAAUUUUGCCCCCGUUCUAAUCUCCCUCCAUAACGAUCCCGUUAUUAACAACGAUUUCCCCGAAUAUUAUUGUAUCAGACACGUGUGAACAAUAAUAUACUUUUUCCUCAACUGGUAACACUGUUGCUUGGCAUUUGCUCUUCGUUCAUCCCCGCGAUUAAUUUUUUGCCAAAAUUCCAGUGAAUAACUAACUUGCCCGUCGCUAAAUUCCAGUGAUUCCCUUUUUUCUUUCGUUGUGAGUUUGAGUUUUCCCGUUUUCUUAACUCAACAUUUACACCUAUCCAAUUUUUUGCAUCUUAAUUUCGAUCGAGUUAUCGUCGAUGUGAAUUAUUCGUCCCGCCUCGAAAACUAACCUCAAAGUGGAAAUAAACAAGGAAAAUCCAAGCUGUGUCCGCACUCAACCUGGACGGUGAUUUCGUUUUCGGUUUUUCCUUCGUUUAUUCAUACGUCUAUCUGUUUGUUUUCUCCGUCCUUUUCUACCAUUGCGAAGCUUCUCCGGUCUUCGCUGAAGCUUCGACCGACUUUCCUGGCGGAUGCGAAUUAGAUAACCCGCCCCCAGAUGGCGUUCGGAUGAGGAUGGGACCGGACCGCUUUUCCUCGUCGAGCGGGACGAUGCGAUUCUGAGUUCAUCGGCCAGAUGUCCUGCGAUUGCAAAUUCGCCCGGAAUGGACGAUCCUGCAAGUACAACGCGGACCUCCUCAAGUUCCUCGAGCACGAAGCGGAGCUGCGCGCCCUCGCGGCCUCGCUGAACGGGCGCCGCGCCCUCCGCGAUGACACCGCCUUCCGCGACCUCCACGACGAGGCCCCCCUCCCCCGCCCGCGACCCGCCCCCACCCCCGCCGUCGGGAUAGGCAGCCCCUGCUGGAGCCCCCUCAGCUACAUCUGCGCCCUCGUGCCGGACCAACCGCCCGCGACCCCGUCGCCGAGCACCCCCAACAACCUCUUCGUCUACCGCCAGGAGGCGUCCUUCUUCAAGUCGGAGUGCGCGAAGACGCCCCCGGCCAAGCCGACUGCGGCCGCCUCCGCGGAGAAGUGCAAGCCGGAGGAGAAGACGGUCUCGGCGGUGUGCCCCCCGUGUCCCCCCUCGGCCUCCUCCAGCGAGUCGUCGGUGGAGAGUGGCUCGUGCUCCGAGGAUAAUUGGUACGACGUCAACAACUGCACCUGGGAGGAGUGGGAGGACUACUGCUGCGGAAGAUCGCAUCCCAAGAGCCAGCCGUGUCCCACCGGUGCCCCGCGCAAAUUCUGGAACCGGCUGAAAGCCAUCAAGCUGAAGCCCUGCCGGAAGCGGAAGCGCCCGAAGGACUGCCGGCGGACGAAGCUCAAGUGGUGCCCGUUCAAGAUCCUCGAGACGAUCACCCCGAAACCGGGCUCCUGCGCGCGGCUCCGCGACUGCCAGCCGAGCAUCGCCACCAUCGACAUGAGCCUCCAGAAGCGUCCCGCCCGGAGCAACCCGUGCGUCCCCUGCCAGGGCCCGCCGCCCAAGGAGCCCUCCCCCUGCUCUUCCUCCUCCAGCACCUCCAGCGAGGACUCCUGGUGCAAGCUCUACCUCGAGAACCGCAAGAACUGGAAGAGGGAAUGCAAAGAGCGUAAAGAGUGCAAGAAACCGCACAGAAGCCGGGAUCGUAGUCGCUGUGAGCGUGGUAGGAAGUGGGAGUGUAGUCCCCAGCCGUGUCCACAGCCGUGUUCAACCCGCAGCCGGCUCCGUGAUAAAGCCCGCCAGCUCCAACAGUUAUCCCAAUCUAAGAUUCUGUCCCGGUUUAAUCUCCCCGAUUGUUGUCCACAACCGUGCCCACAGCCAUGUCCCAGCCGGCCUGAAGUCACUCGCAGCCAGCAUAGCCAACCCUGCGUCCAUGCCCAAUCGACAACGGACUGCGGCGCUGUCCGGAGGUCCUCGCGAGACGAAGACUCGCUCUUCUUGAUGUCGCUGCUGCCAUGCUUCAAGAAGAUGGACCACGAUAGGAAGAUGGUGCUCCGCUGCAAGGUCCAGAACCUUGUUGUGCGGGAAACGCUAAGCCCGAGUAUGACGCAACUGGCGGCGGCCAAGCGCUCCCAGACCAAGUACGAGGAACGCCCUAGUCCGCCCACGAAGCGGUGUCGUAGCGAGGAACAGCGCCGCUGGAGUCGGGAGUAUCCCAAGAGUGACGUGGGGUACGAUCCAAGGUACGAAGAGCGCUCGAUCAGGAGACAGGAGUCGGACGAGAGCUACGAGCGGCGGUACCCAAGACGACGACACUCGUACGACAGGUGCGAGCCACGGCAGCGCGAGGACCGGUACCAGGUGUUGCUGAAGAAGGAAUCGAACGAGAGUUGCCCCGUGCAGAGGUACAAGAUCGGACACAGCCGGGAGGCGAAGUCUCCGGAGGAUCGGAAGGACGACCUCCGGUGGGAUAGUUGCAACGUGACCGAGCAGUUGAACAAGCACGUCGACGAGAUGAUGAAAGAUCGGGACCCGGACAGUCCGGAGCGGGUGCGCCACCAGAGGCAAGUGAAGCAGGAGCCGGCGUCCGUGCCGCCACCGCGGAAGACCUCCGCGCCGAAGGAGGUUAAGAAGGAGCCGGUUGAGAAGUGCCCCGAAGAGGCGAAGAGCCCGAAGAGGUCGCCGAUCAAGGAGAAGCCCCCCGAACCGAAGCGGGAGAGGUCGGGUACUGAUAUAGGGGUGCGACGCCAGUACAUGCGCCAGGAGGUCUACGGGUCGUACGGAGCACCGCCCGGGUAUUCUACCGGGAGCUCCACCUCCGGGGAGUACUGUGUCCCUGAACUUCUGCACACCUGUUCUUUGAGCCGCGUGCCGAACAAGCCCAAAUGAACUCACUUGAAGGCGGUUGAUUCAUCCUCUUUUCGUUCUUUGAGGGAGCGCCGGAUACGUGCCAGAGGUGCGAUCAGAUGAAGACACCUGGAGGAAUGAAUUCAAAGAAGAAAAGCGUAGAUCUUCGUGGAUGUAAUAACGCCACUCAAGGAGACUUCGUAAAGACGUGGUUCACUCAUUUCUCUUCGGACCCUAGGUGCAGAUCUGCAAUGUGAGGCACUCGAGGAUAUCGGACGACAAGCACAAGGCAUAAUCCCGAAGACCCCUAAGAACCAAAGUGACAGUAUUUAAGGUAUCCUAAAGAUGUCCACCCCAUGACCCCAUGUUCCUUACACAAUGUCAAGCUAAG